AUGGUUUCCUAUUGUUCCACAUCAAAUAAUCGAUCAUUAACAAAAUGUUUAAUUGAAAGUUCGAAUAAUUCAUCACAAUAUUUUCAUCGUUUUGUUAAUAUAUCUGAAUGGAGUGAUGGUCUUGAUCUUUGGUCUUUAUCAGAAACUAUUAGAAAAAAUCCUAUUUCUCAACAUUCUCUAGACUUUCAUCAUGAUAUUGGUCUUUAUUUACCUCGAUAUGAAAGAGAUAAUAUUCCAGAAAUAUCACUUGAAAAUGAAUUGAUUUAUUCAAAAAGAAUAAUAAAUAAUUAUCUUCCAGAACGUCUUCGAAAAUUAUUUAAAAAAGAAAAAAAUCUUUUAAUAGAAGAUCAUUCAAAUAAUUCUUCAUCAGAUGAACAAUUAUCAUCUAUAGAAGAUAAUGAAUUUUCAACAUCUAUUCAACAAUUAAAAUCAAUUGAAAUACCAUCAAAUAAAGUUCGUUUAUCACUUCGUCCAGUUCAAUGUCAAAAUUAUUUACAAGAAAAACAAUCAAAACAAAUUCAACAACAAAAUUAUCCAUCAUUUAAUCGAGAAAAAUUAAAAUCAUUAUUAAAAGAACAAUUAACAAGUUUAUUUACUCGAGAAACAACAAAUAUUAAUCAUAAACGAACUCUUAUAAGAAUACCUUUAGUAGAAAUAAAACAUCGAAAUUUACCGCCUAAAACAACUCCAAUAAUAGAUCCGACAUUAAUUAUGGAACGAUAUAAUAAACUACAACAAUUAUUAAUAUCACGAACACCUAGUCAAGCAACAAUAAAUAAUAAAUUGAUGAAUAAUCAUCAACCUCCAUUAGGUUAUGAUGAAAUGUCAACAUUUGGUUUAAAUGUAACACCAAUUGGGUUUUCUUGUUCGAAAAGUUUUGAAAGUUCUUUUUUGGAAACAAAAUUUGAACAAGAAAAUUCUUCAUUAAAAACUCGUCGAUCAACUCAACAAGCUUCUUUUCGUUGUUCGAUUGAUAAAAAUGAAGAUGAACAACGAAUUAUAUCAAAAGGUAAUAUCGAAAGUGGAUUUAUUGCAUCAUCUGGUAAUUUUGUUCUUUCAAAUAAAAAUUCCAAUGAUGAACAAACACAAACAAUACGAAAAUUCUAUCGUCAUCAUCGUUCAUCAUCAAGAAAUCGAUUUCAAAGAUCAAAAACUUUCGAUUUAUUACCAGCAUUGGUUUCUGGCAAACGUCUUCAUAUUCCAAUUCCAAAUCAACGAAAUUCAUAA